GUCAUCCGACAUGAUGUUGAGAGUGACCGACUGAAAGGAAAAAUAAAAUCAUCCCCAUAUUUGUCUUAAGAUGUUUUUCCCCCCUGAAUUCAUAAUGUUCCAUGAUGAUUCCACCAGGUAGCACCUGCAGUCAAGCUAAAGAAGUUACAAGUAAACGUAAAACUAAAAAGGUGGUGCCUGCAGUCACAGAAUUUAAAGGAAACAGUGGAAAAGUUCUUGUCAUUCCUCCCCUACAACCUACAACUCAGCUCCCAUUUGCUGGCUACUUUCAUCAGCACGUAAAAGACUGAACCAGAGUACAGUAUUACAUACAUUGCUGCAGAUCACAAGGCAAAGGAAAAAACAAUAACCAGAAGAAUGGAUCCCAGCCACUCUGUCAAUCAGCCUCCAGGUUCUUCAAAUUCAUCUGAGAAAUCAGGGAUGCCUACAGCAGCACCACCAGCAUACCAGCACAAUCCUGCUGGAUAUCCUCCUUCCUUUCCAAACCAGCCAGUCCCUCAGGGCCCCUACACCCAGGGACCAUAUCCAGGACAGCCUGUGGUCACUGUGCAGCCUGCAGUUUUUGUGACCGCUGCUCCACUGGCUGAUCCAGUGCCAGAUUACCUGGGUUACUCCAUCUUCACCAUGCUGUGCUGCUGCUUACCUCUGGGCAUUGCUGCGCUGAUUUACUCCAUCUCUACUCGAGAUGCCAACUUCUCAGGACAGCGAGAAUUAGCAGAGAAGAACUCCAAAACAGCGCGCACCCUGAAUCACCUCGGCCUUGGCAUUGGCCUCAUUGUCAUUGUAUUGGUCAUCAUCACCCAGAUUGUGAUUUUGAGUGCUAGAUAAAAGCUGUUAGAGCUAACAUGGUUGGAUGCAGAUAACAAACUAGUGUUUUCUGUAUUGGUUUUUCUGUAUUUUAAAUGUUACUUUCACAAUUUAUCAUUAUUCUUAUAUGCAUUAAGACUGAUUAUUGUAAAAGGGCACCUUUUCUCGAAAAGUUUGAUUGACGAGGGUCAUAAAAAGACACCUGUUUGGA